AUGCUAACACGGUUCAAAGUUGUCCGCACUCCCGAAGAAGCCGCAAAGACUUCAAGAGCGCCUUACGAUUACGUCCUUCUGUGCAUCAAGGCACUCCCAGACGUGUACGAUAUUGCAUCAAUCAUCGAGUCGGUCGUCGCUCCUCAGCAUACAUGCAUCCUGAUCAACACAACACACUCGCUUGGUGUCGAGUCAUAUCUCGAGCAAAGAUUCCCUACAAACGUGGUUCUGUCUCUUGUCGCUGGCGCCGAGCUUUCACAAGUGGGCGCAAGCGAGUUCGAACACAAGGGCUCGGCCGACAUCUGGGUCGGGCCUGCCAACAGAAACCCGUCGAUUCCUGCUUCGAUACAAUCAGACAUGGCCGAAGCAUUGGCCAUGACAUUGAGCUCAGGUCAGGUGGACUGCAAGGUGUCGACUAACAUUAGGCAACAACAGUACGAGCGCAUGAUCGGGUAA